CCAGCGGAUUGCCGCGUUAGGAGCCGCUUAGGAUCUCCAUGGAGACGGGCCGAGUGCGGCCUAGCGCGGUUAUGAUGCCGCUUGUGUAACCGAGACAUCUAUAUCUGUGUCUCAAUCUGGCCGCCAAUGUCUCCUCUCCGGUGAUUCCCCGCUGACAGUUUUCAGUCGGGCCUCCCUCCUCCUUAGAUCUUCCCGACAUUUCAGAUAAAGUACCGGUGGCCAUGGAGCUACAUUUGAACCGUGUCGACUACCUGCAGGUGGGAGUUACUUCCCAGAAGACUAUGAAGCUCUUACCUGCAUCAGGACGCAGAACAACCCAAAAGGUUGUUAUUGGAGAUCAAGAUGGAGUGGUUACUUGUUUUGGAAUUAAAAAGGGAGAGGCAGUUCCAGUGUUCAAGACUUUACCAGGACAGAAAAUUUCCAGAUUGGAACUAGGCGGAGCUGUUGGUACUCCACAGGAGAAGAUCUUUAUAAGUGUUGGCUCAGAGGUGCGAGGGUUCACUAAAAAGGGAAAACAGUUCUUGUCCUUUGAAACUAAUCUCAUGGAAAGUAUUCGAGCUCUGUAUGUGUCUGGUGCAGAUCUUUUCCUGUGUGCAAGUUAUAUAUAUAACCACUAUUGUGACUGUAAGGAUCAGGACUACUACCUAUCCAGUGAUAAGAUCAAUGAUAUCAUCUGCUUGCCAAUGGAAAAAGUAGGCAAAAUUACACCAGUACUGGCCUGUCAAGACCGAGUGCUUAGAAUUUUAAAGGGAUCUGACCUGUUGUAUGAGGUGGAAGUCCCUGGAGUACCUCAAGUGUUGGCAUUAAACAAUGGAAAUGGAGGUGACUCUGGAGAAGAGCUAAUAUAUGGAACAUCUGAUGGGAAAAUAGGACUGGUACAAAUCACUCAAAGUUCUCCAUUACAUCGUUGGGAAGUCUCCAAUGAGAAGAAAAGGGGAGGUGUUCUUUGUGUUGACUAUUAUGAUGUUCUGGGAGAUGGUGUCAAAGAGCUACUUGUUGGCCGUGAUGAUGGAAUGGUGGAAAUCUAUGGGUUUGAUAACAAUAGUGAGCCUGUCCUUCGAUACGAACAUACUUUGUCUGAAAGUAUCACGUCUAUUCAAGGAGGAUGUGUUGGAAAAGAGGGAUAUGAUGAAAUUUUGACAGCCACGUACACGGGCUGGGUGAUGGCUCUAACUACAGAGCAAGUUCAGAGAGAGCCAGGGGCUUGUGAUGAUGUGAAGAUAAACCAAGAGAUGCAGAAUAAAAUCUCGAAUAUGAGGGCGGAGUUGGACCUGUUACAAUUGAAGGUGCUACAUGAACGUGAGAAAUACCACCAAUCAGCACAUUCAAGUGGUGCAGUUUCAGCAAUGCCUGUGUUUAGUGUGAAUGAUAAAUUCACUCUAAGCCGUGAUGAUGCCAGCUACAGCCUCACCCUCGAAGUGCAGACAGCCAUUGACAACGUGCUGCUCCAAAGUGAUGUCCCAAUUGAUCUGCUGGAUGUGGACAAAAAUUCAGCUGUGGUCAGCUUCAGCGGGUGUGAUGCAGGGAAUGGUAAUUUUCUCCUGGCUACCUAUCGAUGUCAAUUUGCAAAUACCACCAGGUUGGAACUAAAGAUUCGUUCAAUUGAAGGACAGCAUGGAACAUUACAAGCCUACAUCACCCCACGUCUCCAGCCUAAAACAUGUCAGGUCCAUCAGUAUCAAAUCAAACCGCUGUCGCUACAUCAGAGGACGCAUGUUAUUGAUCAUAACAGGCCGGUAAAUUCAUUGACACUCACAGGACAGUUCAGCUUUGCAGAAAUUCAUUCCUGGGUCGUCUUCUGUUUGCCCGAGGUACCGGAUAAAGUUCCAAUAGGUGACAGUGUUACAUUUUACUUUCAGAACACAUUUUUGGAUACACAGUUAGAAUGUACCUACAGAAAAGGUGAAGGAACUUUUAAAUCUGACAACAUAUCUACCAUUUCCAUCCUGAAGGAUGUAUUAACGAAAGAAGCUACAAAAAGGAAAAUCAAUCUCAAUAUUUCAUAUGAUGUUAAUGAGGAAUCGGUAAAUUACACGUUAAAACUAAUCCAUCCCAAAUUGGAAUAUCAGUUGCUGUUAGCCAAAAAAGUCCAUUUGAUUGAUGCAUUGAAGGAAUUGCAAGUUUAUGAAGGAAAUGUGGAUUUCCUAAUACCUGAAUACCGCUCCAUUUUGGAGGAAGCUGAUAGUCUGCUUGAGGAAUAUAAGAAACAACCUGCUCACUUGGAGAGACUGUAUGGCAUGAUAACUGAUCUCUUUAUAGAUAAAUUCAAAUUCAAGGGUACGAAUGUGAAAACCAAGGUUCCUCUUCUGCUGGAAAUUUUGGAUAAUUAUGACCCUGGCAGUCUUGCAGAAUUCUUUGAUUCAGCAUAAUCUAUGUAAAGCUAGUUGAUCAGUAUGUAAAAAUCCUGACUAGAGUACUGUGAUUGGAAGACCUGCCCUAUUACUAGUACAGGUCAUUGAUGGGCAGAAUUCACAUGAACUAUCGGCUUAUUGUGAAGCUAUUUAAAGAGAUUAAUUCCUAUCAUUCAAAAUAAUAUAGAAAUAAAGAACAGUAUAAACUAUUUGAAAGGUAUAUUUCUAUGUUUCCACGCAUUUCCCUUAAUUUCUGUGGGAUGGCCUUUGUGGAAAUGUCUGUCAGUACCAUCAACAUUCUGCAGGAGUUUAUAUAAAUGUAGAUAGGAAGUUUUUACCUGAAAUGGUAAUUAAACAUUUUCAAAAGGUCUUUCUUUCCAGAAUUAAGGAGAAAUGACUAAAACUAGAGUGGAAUUUGCAUUACUCACCAAGUUCCCCUCAGCAUGCCCUAUCCCAGCUCUAUAUAAAUAUAUACAGGUACAUACACUCAAUGUAUGUGCUCAAACACAUCCAUACGCAUAUAUAUAAUGCGUGUGUGUGCGUUUACAUUGAGUGCAUAUGUGGCAAUGGCUCUUUGUACGUUUAAGAAAUCUGCAUCUCAAGUCCAAACAUCAGUAC